GAAACUUGUGAAUUGUUGAGUGACAGCUCUGUGAAACUAGAAAUUUUCUGUCAAUUCUCGAGUUUCUCUGGGUUGUGCAACAUAUUAAGAAUCUGCCAUGGACUGUCAGGACCCGUUUCCAGAUUCAGUGGUGGGAAAUAAUGACCCAAUGUCAGAGGUAGGUCAAGAGGACAACCCUAUGGCUUUGCCAUCAAGUACCCAAGACAUAAUCCCCAACCAGAAUGAGAAGAAAGGUCCAGUACAAGUCUGUAUCCGGGAAUGUAUUGAUGACAAAGAUGACAAGUCAAAUGCAAUACAUCAGCUUCUGCAAUUAAAGAAGUCAAUGGUUGAACUCUUAGAUGCAUAUCACGAAAAAAUUAGUACAAUGCAAAUUGCGGCUUUCCAAAAUAGAGAGAGACUUGCUCAAUCAUUUCAAGACCUAAAUCAAUACUUGUUAAGGGAAGAGGAAACUGAACAGGCCACGGGAAAGGACAAAGAAAUUAAAGUUGUACAAAAUUUGGAUGAGAGAGUUUUGGAUUUGGUACGUAUGGCAACCUCCGUAGAAGAUAUGCUGCGGAAACUGGAACAAAAGAAGCCAAGAAGAAGAUGGAUGACUUCUGCAAUAGAGCAAAUAAAAAUUGCCAAAGAUCAGUUAAGGGAAUUUAGUAGAUCUGCAGAGAAUCUGGAGGGACGGAUGUCUGCUCUUCAGCUCCGGGAGUGGAGAGGCCUGAGACAUUUUGUUAAACCAAUCCCAGAAACUUUGUACUUUGAUCCACAGAGUGCCCAUCCUAAUCUGGUCCUGUCCCCAGAUCUCAAACAGGUGAAGGUUGGGUUCUUUCCUCGUGAAAUAAAAUAUGAGAAACACUGUUUUAUGCCAGGCAUGUACAUACUAGGAAUGCCUGGAUUCCACUCUGGUAAACACUACUGGGAAGUUGACGUUGGACAGAAGACUAACUGGAUCAUUGGUGUUGCGAAGGAGUCAGUGAAACGCAAAGAAAACCAAGAUCUGAGUCCAACAAAUGGAUACUGGGUUCUACGUAAAGCGCAAGACCACGUGUUCUAUUGCCUUGAAGCUUCCCAUCUAUGUCUGAAAAUGAAGGCCUGUCCCAUGAGGAUAGGCAUCUAUCUGGACUUUUCAAGUAGUCACCUAAGUUUUUAUAAUGUAGAUCUUGCAUGUCAGAUUUUUGGGCUCUCUGAUCUCCCCAUUGAGGAGGCACUUUUUCCCUUUUUCUGUCCAGGGAUUCCUUUGCUGAUGGAAGAUUUUCCUCCACUAUCUCUCAUUAAUUAAAGGGUUACUCCAACCACCAUGACUACUUAAUUGAUUUAAAUAAUAACAUAAUAAUAAUAAUAAUAAUGUAUGUGCAGGGUUUAAGCUUGAGAUAUUUUCACUUGUGUGCUGGAGGCUAGUUGCACCCCCAAAACACGUUGCAUUGGCAGCCCAGAACUCUCCUCUCCCUCUUUAACUGUGGGUGUUGGGUGUCCCCUACCACCUCGCUCCGUCACACAUUUGUCAAUUAAAAAAACUAAAUGCUCCCUGUCAGUGUGCUUGUCAUGUAUACAGAAUACUCUGUGUGAUGUGGAUACUAGUCUAUAGUGGACUUGUGUGAUGCAUUUA